AUGCAUGUUGGUAAGGUUUGGUCAGAAGCCCCUAGGGAUGUGAAAUUAUUAUGGUGGGCUGUACUUUUAAGAAUGAUGGCAUACGGAAUGACUAACCAGAUUCUAACCCUUUAUUUCAAUGAGAUUGGCAUUACAGAUGAGCAAAUGGGUCUAUUUAUGUCGUUAACUCUUGUCGGAGAUGUGUGUAUCUCGUACGUUCUUACGUGGUACGCUGACUCAUGGGGCAGACGUUUGGUGUUAACUUAUGGCUCUGCAAUGAUGGGACUCUCCGGUGUAGUAUUUGCUGUAUCAGAAAAUAUAUAUGUUCUUCUUGUGUUUGCUAUCAUUGGGGUUAUCUCGCCAUCUUCUGAAGAAGUAGGACCUUUCAAAUCUAUUGAAGAGUCUAUGAUUGCCCAUUUGACCCCACAUAACAAGAGACCCGAGGUGUACUCUAUGCAUUCGAUGCUUGGAACUUUUGGUAGUGCUGUAGGCUCUCUAUUCUGCGGUGUUAUAAUCGAUAUUCUUAUAUCAUUCAAGGUAUUUGAAACUAAAAGAGCAUGUUACAAAGCUAUAUUUGGGAUCUAUGCUAUCAUUGCGUUGAUUAAGUUGUUCAUUUCCAUAUCGUUGUCGGCAGAGUCCGAACUUGACGGUGACUUUGAUGACCAGUGUGAAUCUGCCGAAGCAACCACUGAAACAUCGACUGAAACCCAAAUAGAGGAUGCAGAAGUUCAAGCAGAAGAUACUCCUUUGGUUAUCAAAUCACUAAGAAAAGACAGGUUAUCCAAGAAGACAGUUUCUUUAAUGUUCAGAUUGCUUUUGAUUUUUAUGACGGAUUCAUUGGGUUCAGGAUUCAUGACUUCCUCCUGGAUGGUGUAUUAUUAUAAAAAGGUAUUUGAUAUGAGCAAUACAUCAUUAGGAUUGUUAUUUUUCAGCAGCAAAUACGUAAUGGCAGCAUCUGCUAUACCAUCCGCUAUCAUCGCUAGGCUUUAUGGACCAGUUAAAGCAACUUUGCUUGUUCAAGUUCCUUCUGGUAUUUUCUCUAUCCUAGUUCCAUUUGCAGAUGCACAUGUUUGGUUAUCCGUCCUGUUAUUAAUGCUCUUCUUUUUCACUACAGCAAUGGAUGUUACACCAAGACAAAUUAUUCUGACCAAUACAAUACCUGCUAAAGACCUAACAAAGGUGAUGGGUAUGGUUAAUAUUGGGAAAACUUUUAGCAGAUGCAUAGGUCCUUUCUUCACUGGUAAAUUGGCCAAUGAUGGAUAUUUGUGGGUAUGUUAUAUCAUAAGCGGUUCUUUAGUGAUUUUAGCAGAUAUAUUCUUAGCAAUUCUUUUUGGUGACAUAGAUGAACAAAUUCUAGCUAAGACAAACUCAUGA